UUAAUUAAUUUAAAUUCUCAAUUCUCAUUCAAACAACCAGUCUCAAUUCUAGUUCUUAUAUGGCCUCAAGCAACAAUAUUCUUUUAUUUAUCAAUUCAAUUCAUCAGCCAGACAGGAGAAGGCAACUGAAUCUUCAAAAAGGAGAAGGCAACUGUGUUGUCAUCGCAGCAUCAGGUGCCGAGUGUUCUCGCUUUGCUGCUGAUCUGACUCUGCACAAUGCAGCAAUUCCCUGGAUGAAGCUCAUGCACCGCAAUUCACGAUGGUGAUGAUACAUUUUCCACAGCUUGUCCUAUGCACACAGGCGCCAACAGCAAGGUGGUUGUCUGGUAUUUGCUAGUAAGCCCGCAGGAGUCUCCAAGGCACGGGCGUUGUCCUCUGCACACAGGCUGCCGUUAGCUGGUGGGAGCACCCAAACUGAUCUCGGGACCUCCAUUUAUAUUCUGUCCAAUGAACCAACCAACCACCAAGGCAACUGAGUUAACAAGGAAGCAAUUUUCGAAAAGAAAAUGAAGGGAAAUGCGAGCUGGGUAUUUUGGUCGCUUUCUAGGAAUGCCCCACAGCAACAGCAUGGAUACUGUAGAGCUGCGACUGUGAUGUAUUUUGUAUGUGCUUUUCUAGUGAGGGGGGCUCCUCUGAAUUUUGCCAUGCAUUCCCAGGCUUGGAACUUCAACGCCAACGCUUGUCGUUUAUGUUGUUGCCGUCCUACUAUAUAACCAAGCUUCUAAGAGAUCUUUCAAGGACAUGGAGAGUAAAAUGGAGCAGAACUCGGGAGAGAUCAGGUCGGGAGAGGCCAUGAGCAUUUUUGGCCAGAGCAUCGAUGUGAGGAGGCCGGGGAGGAGCAGGAGAAGAGCCGCCAACAAGAAAUUCUCACCCGCGACUGCGAGCGAAUCACAAUCACCCACCCUGGAGCGGCUGCUGGACCAGCGCAGGGCCGUCGUCACGGAGCGGGAGCGCGGCCGUGCCGAGUCCGAGCUGUCAAGGGCGACUGGCAUGGCCCAGGAACUGGAGCGGCAGGUCGAGCAGGCCAACGCCGCCACGGCGAGGGCUUCUCACAGGCCGGAGCUCCAAAGAACACGUGCCAGCGGCAGCAGGAGGAAGAAGACGGGGUUGGUGGUGGACGCCGCCGACCAUCCUCGGGAUCAGAGCAGCACGCUGCUCGUCGAGGUGAUGCAGGAGCUGGACCGCGUCAAGAGGGAGCUCCGGCAGCUGCAGCGCGAGGUGAAGUCCGCGAGGGAGGCCGAGGCCGAGGCCGAGGGAGUCGCGGAGACGCCGACGCCCAGAGCGACGAGCCCCGGUCCGCCUCCCCUCGACGGUGCGGAGGGAGAGGCCGGCGAGGGAAACGAGGAGCGUGGCCCAGGCAUAAUGGAGCUCGCCGUGGCCGGUGGAUUCCGCAAGCAGGGCGUGCAGGACACGAGGGCGCGUGCCUUAGUGCUGCGUAGGGACAGGAGCCUCGGAGCGAGCGACCCUGACGAGAGGUUCGCCACCGCCAGCAGCUCCGACGUGGGACUCGAGUCCGCGGACACGGCGGCGGCGGUGCCGGCGACGGCCCACGCCGUCGUGGACGCCGAGACCGCACCGACGGCAGCGCGGCAGGCUGCGGAGGCCGAGCUGGAGGAGCCCAUGAAAGAAGAGGGAGCCCGCGCGUUCGCCGGCUCCGUAGAACGCACCCGCGGGGAGACGGCCGAGGAGAUCGACCGGCUCGCCGAGCAGGAGGUACGAGCCAGCGCGCAGGUGAGCCAGCUGAACGCCAGGCUUGUCACGGCCAGGUCCCGGCUGGACGCCGCCACGGCCGUGGACGAGCGGGCCGAGGCGGUGCUGGCCGAGCUGUCGGCCGCGCUGCGGCGGCUGGGCGAGGAGACCGAGGCAGCGGAGAAGGAGAGGGCGCUGACGGAGCUGGACAGCCAGAGCGUGACAGAGGACGCGGACGCCGUCGGCGCCGAGAUCGCGGCGGUCGAGCAGAGGGUCAGGGAGUCGAUCAAGGAGCUCGAGGCGGCGAGGGCGUCGGAGGCCGCGGCCACGGCGAGGCUCAGGGCCGCCGUCGAGGACGCGGCGCUGGCCGGGACUGCGCCGCAGGCGUCCGGCGGGAACGUGACGGUCGCAAGGUUCGAGUACGAGUACCUGGCCGCCCGCCCCGAGGUCGUCCGGGCCCUCGCCGAGAAGAAGGCGGCCGCGGCGGAGGCGUGGGCGGAGGCGCUGCGCGCCGGCGAGAAGGAGAUUGCGAUGCGGGUCGAGAUGGUCGAGAGGGAGGUGGCAGAGACGAAGGCCGGUGAAGCGGACGCCACGGAUAGCCCGAGUGAAGAGGAGCGUGAACCGCGGCGCGUUGGCGUGCAGCAGCGCGCGCAGACAAGGAGGCGGCCGGCGCCGAGGGAGGGCGUGGAGCCGGAGACGUCAAGGACGACCGGCACACCGUCGUCGUCGUCGGUGGUGGUGCGGAAGCAAAGGUCGCCGUUGGUUAGCAGGAAGACGAGGACGGUGGCGUCCAAGUACCUGAAGCUCGUCACCGGGAAAUGUGGUGGAUGAAUCAUGCUCGAUAGCACUUGAUACACCUCAGACAGGAACUCAUGAAGCAGCAGCAGAUGCAUGGAAGGACUGACGCAGUCCGACUGCCAUGCCUACUCGAUAGACCAUGGAGGAGAAAAAAAAUGUAAAUUAUAUACGUACGUAAAUUAAUACUUGGAUAGUGUUCUUGUAUUGUACAAGCGUGUAUGCGGACGGCUGUACAACGAGUCAACAAGAAAAGAACUAACCCUU